UCCGAGGGCAUUAAUUGAUGAAGGUGUCUCCAGACCGCUGCACCUCCCCUCCCAUGUCAUUUUAUUUGUGGCUCAACCAGCAGCCAGAAUACCAGCUGCAUUUUAGCUCUUAUUCUGUUUCUCUCUGUCUCGGACUCUCUCUCUCUCUCUCUCUCUCUCUCUUUUCUCCCUCCCCUCCACCCUAACAACUCCAUCUCCCUCCCUCUCUCCCUCUCUCUCUCUCUCUCUCUUCUCGCUAUUUUAUCCCUCUGGCUGAAGCAGUGGUGUACACCUAACACUCGUCCUGCUGCCGUCCAGAGGGGAGUGGAGCCGGCAGAGGCAGGUAGCAGCAGCAGCAGCAGCAGUCCUGGUUUAGGUGGACGCAUCCAUUGCAUUCCUCCACCAUGCCGGACCCGGGCAAGAAGCGACGUGUGGAUGCUGUCGGUUCAUUCAGCAAGUCAGACACCGGCAGCUCCAUUUAACUCUGCAUGUCAAAGUUUGCAUUUUCAUGACGCAGCAGCAGCGUGGAUGGAUUAAAGGUAUGAGCAAGAUGCCUUGAGCUUGCGACCUAGUGCCACUUACCGGUAAAUCCAUUCUGAGGCUGACUACAUGGAUACAUAGAUUUGAGCGGAUACAUAAAACAUGGGGGACCUGGAGUGUGGCUUUGAGGAGAUGCAAGGAGUGAGGCUGGGAUACCUGCUCAUCCAAGGCAAGCAAAUGUUUGCUUUGUCUCAGGUCUUCACCGACCUGCUUAAGAACAUCCCCCGGACCACGGUGCACAAGCGCAUGGACCACCUGAAGGUGAAGAAACACCACUGCGACCUGGAGGAGCUGCGGAAGCUCAAAGCAAUCAACUCUAUUGCCUUCCACGCCGCGAAAUGCACUCUGAUAUCGCGGGAGGACGUGGAGGCUCUGUACUUCUCCUGCAAGACAGAACGGGUGUUGAAGUCCAACAAAAGGAAAGCGAAAGCGGCGUGUCCCCCCGGGGACGAGGACGAGUCCCCGGGGCGUCUUCAUGCGGAAGCCGAGCUGUGGAAGGAAAAAGUUUGGUUUAGUUUGCACGGCGUCCCCGAGACUCUCACGCUGCACAGCAAAACGGACAGGAGGCGAGAGCCGACUCCUUGCCUUACCGACUCCAAACUACCUCAAUUUUACCACAAAACCCACGGGCGGGAAUACCGUCUGGUGACCAAGUCCAGUCACAAACACUUUAAAAACUAUGAAACUGCAAAAAUAACUGGGAACCGCGUUACUUUGAGCCAAAGGCAAUCGUUUUUCCGGACCUCUGUGAGCCGGCAGCCAGUGGUGCUACAGUCCGCCAUAGCUGCUCAGUCCAGGCUCUCGCGCUCAGCCGGCGACCUACUUCACAAAAGGAAGAGGAGGCGCGAGGGGGGCGGCGGCAGGGACAGCGCGAGGCACUCGUGGAGCAGAAGCAGACACGCGCACCACGUACCACCGGUCCUGCUCGUACAACCCAAAUCCUCCGGCGGGCACGCCACUUCUUUUGGCGCUUUACACCUAAGUUCGGAUUUUUAUCUCGACCCCAGACCCCACCAUCACCACCACCACCAGCACCAUCACCACCAUCACCACCACCACCACGAGCCCAAUUUUCCCGAGAGUUACAGCAGCGACAGCGAGUCCAGCACCACCUACUCAGACCGGGCGUACCCGGACUCGGACUUUGGCUCCGGGUUCUCCACCAGCAGCAACUCCGGGAGCUCGGAGGAGGAAGAGGAGGGCGAGGAGGAAGAUGAGACGCAGUCGGAAAGUUCAGAGGUCAGCUCAGACGAGGAGGAGAGCUCGUCACAGUCCGAUUCCAGCUCCGUUUCCAGUAGGGUUUCGGUGCAAAGCAUCCGGUUCAGGCGGGCCCGGGUGGGUUCUCUCCCCAAAACUCUGCACUCCAGUAAAGCGCCUUUGGUGCUGGAGCCCACGUUUCACUACAACAAUCAGCAGCAACAAGAGAAACAGCAAAGGACUCUGGGCAACAUUGCCCUUUCGCAAACAGGGUACAGCAAACAGGAGAGGCGUCAGAAAUGUGAAUUAAUUUGCAGCGAAACAAGAAAGGACUUUGGACCUUUACACCCACCAAAAUUCGACGCAAAUAUUGUUAGAGAGAGAUUUUUCUCUGAGUCAAAGAGGGAAAAGACGUACGAGGCCGAACCCCAGGACGAGCUGACCUCUCAUUCACCGGUACCCAACCGCAAUAGGGCCUUUUACCCCUCACGGAGGACACCGGGACUCCCCAAAAAGUCCCCCCCUGGACUGUGCUGCCAGUGGGAAAACGACAGUGACGCUAAGCCUCCCAAAUCUUCCGAGAAAAGAGACGCGAAAACCGCCAGCCUCAAAUUGCAAACGCCACUAAAAAAAAUCAAGACCGAGGCGGAGGAGACCUCUGUGUCCUCCUUCCCCCUCUCUGAAAGUGGCAGGACAACCUGGACGCCCCCCUUUAACCUCAAGAAUGUGAAAAUUAAAGUGGAGGAAAGCUAUGAUGAAUAUGAAUACCACAGUCAGACCGCUGGAGUCAACUGUAAAGGAGACAGGACAGAGCAUUGCCAAUAUCUCAGUGGAGCCAUCAAACAAGGGGACUGUUACGCAGACACGGGUCCUGAUGGUGUCUCGAAGUCUCCCUGUGGCCCUCAGGAAUGUAGGAGCACCCGGGACUCCCCGUGUGUCGGGGAGGGGGAGCACAGGAGCCAAAUAUGCAGGGCUCCGGUGCUCGGGCGUAAGAAGUCCCGUCUUUCAAGAGCGCAAACAAAACAAAACGUUCCCAGGGUCAACAAAGCUGCCUCUUUUUCUUCUUCUUCUUCUUCUUCCUCCUCCUCCUCUUCCUCUUCUUCGUCUUCUCCUUCUUCUCGUCCCGAGGAGCCAUCCACGGAGGAUUUAUCGAGCAGACGCAAACAACGCGGCAGCGCUAGCUCUGCAGCAGCAUCCCCGUCUACUAAAACGCCUUUCAGCCUGAUGGCCAAUUUCCCAUCUCCGCCGUCACUGGUUGUUGGCAACGACGGGGAUUUGUGUCCUGCUUACUCCCUGAACUCGCUGAGGGGCCCCGGGCCUCCCCCUCUGUCCCACCCCGUGUGGAGGUGGCAGCCAGGCGGCCAGAUUCUCCCUCCCCCACCCGCUCAGAGAACUAGGAAAUAGGCUACUGAGAUAAAGCAGAAAAACAAAAGCCCCCCCCCCCCAAACGUGUCAACUACAGCCCCAACAGCAGCCCGAGUCUUAACGUGAGCUCAUCAAAACUGCUCGCAACUUUAUAAGUUUUGUAUUAUUAUGCUCCCCCUUUUUCUCUCUCUCUCUCUCUCUCCUGUGAACGGGCUCCUUCGUUUUGGAAUCUCCCCGCAGGACUGUGUGACACCGUGCGUGGAUUUAUGCUUAAAAAACGUAAAAGCUGUCAAUCCUAAGCAAUAUGUAAGGUUCUCAUUAUUGUGUUUACUUGACUAUUUAUCCUUCUUUGCUUUCCUGUGCUCGACCUGUUGGAUUGUAUGGUGCCAUGUUUCAAGGGGUUUGUGCUUUGUCUGAAAGAGGAAAAGGGCUAAGACGCAGAGCAGAGCAUUCCCUGAGAUUAAGCCACUCUUUCUGUAGUUUGGAUUGAGUUUAUCUUGGUCAAUCAGAGAGAGAGGAAAAAAAAAAAUCAGGGUUUCCCAUUCUGUGCCGGUAUAUUUACUUUACUAUCAGAGCUGUGUUUUCUUUCAUGACUGUCAUGGUGACCAGCUUGGCCACACUGGUCCAAUGUGUUCAAUUUCAGAGAAUUUUAAUUGUUAAAAUUGUUUCAUUAAUGUCUAUCUAAACGUCACUCACAGAUAAGCCUUUAUUGGAUUUGAAAGGAUUUUUUUCCCUGGUGGUUGUUUUUUUUUUUGUUUGUGUUUUUUCAUGAGUCCUUGUGUUCAGUUCUCAGUCUUGUUUUUAUUCCUGCGGACUAUUUCCUGGUUUGCAAACCGUGUGGCUGCGCACAGGCCCAGACUCAACACAGGCCUUAUGUACAGACAAUCAGAAAUGAUAAGAUAAGAAUCGUAGCAAGUUUGUCUCCCUCAUGAGAGGCCACAUUAAUACCCCUGCAGGUCCACUGGGCCACCGAUUUCUCCUGCUUGUAAAAAAAAAAAAAUUCUCCCACCAGAGAAAAUGCGUAUAAAUCUAGGUUUCAAAUGUAAUUCACACAGCGUAAGAUAGUGCCAAAGAAAGGCUUUGGAUCUGAUGUGAUUUGAGAGUCAAUGUGGGUAAAAUGAGCACCUAAACAGCGCCAAA